AUGAGCUCUGAGAUCGAUAUACUUCAAAGGGAGCGAAUCAAAAUGAUGCCUGUUGAGUAUCAAGCUAUAUGCAAGCAUGUAGCAUUUCAGCUUGAUGAAUUCAAUAAAGUUUCGCAAACAAAAAUUUUAACACCACAAAAUAAUGCUCAAGCGAAUAUAAUUCAGAAGAAAAUAUCAACAGGACUUACACAAACAGAAGAAUUUGCUGCUGCGAAGUAUCAUGGAUGCGAAACUGUUUCAAAUUGGAUGAAUAUAUUACAAAUCGAACAAGAAUCAUUCGAAGGAUCCCCGCAAGAUAGUGACGGAUUAGUUUCUAAUGAAAAUGCAGUUAUCCUUACUUACAGAGGAAAUGCCGUUGAGCUUAAAGCUUUAGAAACAGAAGUUCAAGAGUAUUUAAGGCGUUUGAUAAAUACAAAAGAGACACCAAUGACAAUCAGAUUAGAUAAAUACUUGCAAGAUUCAAAAGCAAAUCUUGCUACUCGUCAAGAUAUGGCAAAACGAAUUUCAAAACAGAUAGAUAAACAAGAGAACCUCUUCAAAGCUGCUUCAAACGAAUCUAAGAAGCUAAAUGAAGAUAACGAGAAGUAUAAUACAAUGCUAACAACAUAUUCUGCGUCAGAAAAUUAUGGAAUCAUUCAAAAAGCGAAAAAACUCAAAAUAAUGAUUGACGAUUGGCAAAAUAGGAAAGCAGAGUUAUCAGGAAAGAUAUCAGAUACAAAAUCAGAAUUGGAAAAUUAUCAAUCCCUUGAAAAAGCAAAUACGAACUUAACAAAAGCAGAUUUAAAGAAUACAGACAGUUUGAAUAAACUCAAAACACAAUUUGAGGAAACAAUACGAUCAAUAAAUGAAGAAUCUUCAGUUGAAGAUUCAAGAAACACAACAAUGAUGACCGCAAUACAAAAAGACCUCGGAAGUAUCCGUGGAACAUUACUUUCAAGAGAAAGGAAACAAACUUCAUCCGAAAUUUCAAAAUGCAAAUCUCAAUUUGACAGAUUAAUGAAUAGAAUCAAGAAACAGACAGGUUCAAUGAAGAAACAAACAGAAAAGGCACUCAAAGCAGGUAAAGAGGGACCGUCAGAAGAACAAUGUUCGACAGUUUUGGACAAUGAACAUGAAAGAGAUAUGAAUUACUGGGGAGAAAUCUUCACUGAUCAAAAGAAGGAGUUCCAAGAUAUCCUAGACAGUCAUCUUUCUAACUUAAAUCAUGAAAAAGAAGAACAAAUUAAAAAAAUUACAGAAGAUAAUGCGAAUAAACUCGCAAUUUUGCAAUCAAAGAAGGAAAGAUUGACAGUAACUAACUCAGAAAGAGAGAUAGAAUACGAAUCUGUCCACGAAAGAAUAGAAUCAACUGAAGGAAUUUUAAAUGACUUAAUUGAACAGUUCAAUGAGAAAUCUGAGAACGAAAAUGAUUUGAAGAACAUGUCCGCAAAUGCAAGAGGUAAAACAGAUUCAGUUACAAGCGAAAUUAGAAGAAAAAUUGAAUCAAUGCAAACAUUUAUUGACAAUGCAACAUUAAUUAAGAACGAAAUCAACCGUAUAUUGAAAGAUUUAAUGAAGAAAACCUCAGAUUACCAGAAAGUUUCGAUUCCAAUCCGAUCAAAAAGUACGAACGCUGUUAUCGACGAAAUUAACAGACAAAAUGAAGAAAAGAAGAAGAAUUUGCUGAAAGAAGAAGAAGAAAAUGAAGAGGAAGUAAAUUCAGAAGAAGGUGAAAUUUUAAACGGCCACGAAAAUUUUGAAGAAGAAACUCGAGAAGAAGAAAUUGAGAACGAAAUAGAAGAAGAAGAAUUAUAUGAAUACGAAGAGAGGAUAAUCGAAAACGAUGCAAUGCUAAAAGAUUGCAUGAUAUUGGUUGAUGGAAAAAAGUACACAAUAAUUGAAAGGGACGGCCAAAAAUUUUUCAGAAUAAGAGUAAAGAAAAAUCCUAAUGCAAACUUUACAGAAGGAAAACAAGAAGAUAAUAAAGUAAUUUACACGGACGAGAAAGGAGAAGAAAAAGAACUUUUGAUCGACGAUGAAAAUGUGUUUUACGAUGACAAUGGAAAUAAACUUUUGAUAGACGAAAAUGGAAAAAUAAUCGUGCUUUCGGAUCCUUCAAAAUUUUCUGAAGAAAACACGUUAUUUUUGAGGAAAAACGAUGGAACGGUUAUGACGAUAGAUUCUGAUGGCAAAAUCUCCAUUGUUGAUCCUGACGGAAACCAAACAAUUUAUGCAAAAGAUGGAACAAAAACCGUUUUCGGAUCUGAUGGAAAUAAAACAGUUUUUGACCAAAAAGGCGAAAUUAUUCCUGAGAAAACGAUUAAGAAACAGAAAUCCCUUGGAAAAAUCAAAUCACAAAAGAGCGAUUUGAACGUAAAGAAGAAAUUCGACCAGGAAGGAAACGAAAUCGUAAAAGACAUGAAAGAUGGAAAACAAAUCAUUAAAGAUAAAAAUGACAAAUUGACAUUGAAAACAGAAGAUGGCACAAAAAUCAAAAUUUCAGAAGAAAAACCAAUCAAAAUCGAGAAAGAAGAAAAGGCUGCAAUUAUGGAUUCAUCAGGAGAAGUAACAAUUGUUGAGAAUAAAGGUUCAAAGACUAUUGUGGAAAACAAUGGUUUAGUAACUGUCGUUGAUUCUCUAUCAAGUGACGCUGUCAUAGAAAGUGAUGGCGACCAAACAACAAUAGAUAUUGAAGGAACAAAAGCGGUUGUUCAGAAUUCUGGUGUCAAAAAAGUUAUCGAAGAAAAUUUGACAGAAACUGUUUUGGAUGAAAACACAAGUCAUAUCGAAAUUGACAAAGAAAACAAGACGAAAACAGUUAUCGACAAUGAAGGAAAUAAAACAUUCAUCCAUAAUAUAACGAAAACAGAAGAAAUAGAAGAAAAGAAAAAAGAAACCCCGGUAAUACCAAUUUCCGAAAUUCCCGAAAACAAAAACUUUUUCGUCGAUGAAAAUGGAAACCAAAUUUACAUCGAUGACAACGGAAAACCGGUUUUAUUCAAUGUAAAUUCUGAAAGCCCUGACAGUAUUUUACAUGUCAAAUUCGUUGACAAAGAAGGGAAUGAAAUCAAACUCGAUCCGAGCGGUGCGAUGGUCUAUCAAGACAAAAAAGGCAACAAAACAAUUCUGGACAAAGAAGGAAAGAAAACAAAUAUUGAUGACAAAACUGAUAACGUAUUUGUUGACAAAGCAGGGAAUAGAGUUUAUUUGGAUUCGAAAGGAAAUGUUAUCUUUGUUGAUAACAUUCCUAGGGAUUCUGUUUUCGUUGAUAAGCAAGGAAACAGGCUAAUUAUUAAAGGAAAAUCGUAUCAAUUCGAAAGAUACGAUAAAAAGCCCCAUAAAUCUCUGAUUGUUCUCCCUGGAUAUUCUUAUUCCAAUGAUUUGAAUAAGAAAACAUAUAAUGACACAAAUUUGGAAAGUGAAGUAUCAGAAGAGUUUGAAGAAGAUUCGGAUGAUAUCAUUAGCUUUAAUAAACGAAUUAAAGAACCAUCGAAAUCAUUACUUAAAGAAAGAAGUUAUAGAAAUUUAAGAAGAAAAGAUAUAACUGAUUUGAGUGGUUUACAAAAACCGAAAACAAUUUCUGACCUUGUUGAUGAAGAUGUUUUGAUAUCUGAAGAAGAAAGAUUCGAUCAAAAAGAAGAUAAAACAAAAGACAGAACUCGAAGAAAAGUUUACAAAACUAUUUUGGCUUCUGCAAGUUCCGUUUCUUUGUUUAGACCUUAUACUUCUGGAUUCGGAACAAGAAGAAAAGUAUCAAUCCCCAUUGUCACGCCUUUCAAGUCUUAUUGUCUUUCGUCAAUGGCUGUAGAACCAACUAAAACACCAAGAUAUGUUUGGGUGAGAAAAACAACUGGACAAUUAGGAGUUUACGAACCAAAACAAAAAUUGUUGUCAUAUUUAAGAGUCUACAAUUUCCAGGACAGAAUAUGGAAGCCAAGUGAUUUCAGGAGAGGAACAAUGUACACAAGACCUGAAAUAAGACGUUUGCUGCUGAACCAAGACGAGAAAAUACCAAUUCAACCAAUUGUGACUCCUCUUAAUUUGUCACAAAUUAUAGAAAAAACAAAAUCAAAAAUUUUUGUGCCAAAAGUUAAUUCACCAAGAAAUCCAGUUUCUGUGCGCAACUUACCUUUGGUGUAUAAGUCAAGUCCAAGACAUCCUAUUGUAUUAACUAAAUCAGAUGAAAGGAAUUUCGAACCUUUAGAAGACGCUCCUUUAAUAACAAUUCGAAAUUUGUCAAAAGAUUGGAUUGAAAAGGAAAUUGCUAAGAAAGGCACAAACUUAAUAUAA